AUGUCUAGCACACGGAUUCAAGCUGCACAAAGAUAUGUUGGAGAUGGGCUAGAUUAUAGAAGGCCGACUUCCUCAGCAAUUGCACAGACGGAGCAGCACACCACGAUCGAUCUGACGCAGGACGACGAUGAGGACGAUAAUCAGAAUCCACCACCGAAUUUGGGACAACGGUCGCCUUCCUUCGCUCCAAGCGACUUCAGUUUGUCCGUCCCUGCCACAUCUCGGGCCACUAGCAGUCGACCACGAAGCAGAUCGGCGCCUUCUAGGCAGAGUCGGUCUCGAGCGGCCAACCUACGUUCACGUUUGCCGGAAAUAAUAGACAUGACUGGUGACGAAGACGAAACGGACGAAGAAGAAGACCACAACUCAGAUGUGGAGUUUGUCAGUGAACGGCAGGCGCCUAGAAGACCAGUCCUGCCUGUACCCGACGAGAUCGCUAGACGUCUACACUCCCCAGGAGCACCUAAUCUACACAGAGCCAAUGCUCAAACUUUUGCUGACUCGUUUCGACCCUUCACCAACUUUCUUGCUAACCGACGGCCAGCCUUCAUGCCAGCACUGGGUGGGUUUGGCGGUACUGGAUUUAUAGAUCAUGUAGGCAGAAUUAUGGCUGGAUUUCCGAGGAACCAAGUGCCGGAGCCAUUGGACUUGGCAACAUACGACGAUAUCGACGUGCUUGGAGACUAUGACGAUAUCCAGCUAGAUUAUGCUGGAGCGGCGUUUAUGAUUGAUGACCCUGGGGCUGAUAUUGGACCUGCCGACAAUUACAAACCACCUGCAGCGGCAAGAAAAGGAUUCACCAGAAAUAUCGAGGAGGAUGGCGACGUGCUUGUAUGCGUCGGUUGCGAGGAUGAACUUGCCACAGGAGACGAUGAAGACAUCAAGGCCCAAGUAUGGGUAUCUAAGAAAUGUGGUCACGUAUAUUGUGGUGGAUGUGCUUCGCGGCGUGUUGCUUAUAGAAAGGGCAACGAUCGAGAUCGCAGAAAAACUAAAUACCGCAAAUUAGAUGAACUUAAGGAAUGCUCGGUAGACGGCUGUCGCACUAGAUUGACAGGGAAGACGGCCAUGUUCCAGAUCUAUCUGUGA